AUGGAGGAGGCAACAGGUAGCGCGUUGCCUCCACCACCGGACCGGCGUGAGGUCAUCGAGGUGUCGCAGGAGGAGUUUGAAGAUUCCCAACGAUUCCUGCAGAGUGAGGAUGCGAUUAUGGACGAUUCAGUUUUUCUACACAUUCGCAGGGUCAUAUCUUAUUUAUAUCGCAAGGCGACUGACACUGCGGGUGAGGGGGACUCAUCAGAUUGUAUUAGCACUCCGGAACUGCAGUCUGAGUACCUCGCAGAGCUUAAUACGAACGUAUUGAACACUCUGGUUGACAGUUACGUGGGUUAUGCGUGGCUAUGUGAGGUCUGUGCCCGUUGGAUCGAGGAGCUGAAUGUACAGAGCGACCACUAUCUCACUACAAGCAGUUUGGGAGAUAAAAUAGAAAGCAGUAACAGCAACAGCAACAACAACGCUUCUGGCACUGCGAACAUUGUGCGUGAGGCUCUGAUGCAUUUCCUCACACAAAAAUAUGACUCGGAGAAAAUGCGCGUAUACAUGGAGGAUAAGGCGGGCCACGACAAGUGGAACCCGCCUGAGCUCUAUUGGAAUUUAAUGAAGUCUCCACUGGUAGUUUCAAACAUGAUAAAGAUAUACCGCGAACGACCGAAAGAUGAGUUCUUGAGCUCGUGGUAUCAGGACUAUAUUAACAACGCUAGCACUAACAUGAAGCUUGAACAAGCAGGACUCGACAAAGAAGGAUUGUCGCGCAUCACUAGUAACUUUAGUGUGUUUACUUUACGUAUGUCUGAGGAAAUUCGCAAGUUUCUUUUGAAGGACGAUAUAUUGGAUUCCAUUGAGGUGGACAACACAACUCCGCUGAGCCCUCUAUUUUGGCACGCAGAGAAUGCUUAUAUAUAUUCCCAGGCUCUGCUCCACUUCAUCUAUCAGUGGCGCAUUGACUUGCGUGGAUGUCGUCGUCUAUCCCAGCUGGUAGCCCGAACGACUAUGAAUCCAGUGCAGGGUUUGUUUCCUGACGUUGGCAAGAUCGACGGAAAGCUAUACGAGUGGAGCGCUUCACAAAUACACCUAUUGAUGACAAAUUUCGCUCGGUUUCCUAAUUUGCAUACUGCGUUCAAGCGCCUGUGUUCAAAUCAGCGACUGUCAUCUUAUAAGUUGAACGAUCUUGACGUCUGCGACUUUUACGACGAGCUGAAUAAAACCCUAAACGCUUUUGAUAGCUAUGGUGUUUUACUUUUCGACGAAUCUAGAGAAUGCAAUGUACGCCCUAGGUCUCAAGUUACCACUGAUUCCGACGAGAUAGAUGAGUCAGUGUCACAGUACGGUGAAGUGCGUCGAAAUGACGAAUAUAUGCGUCUUCGUAACGCACCAGAGAUGCCUCCUCUGGAGGCGAUUCGUGAGAGCGACAUUUUAAACCAGUUGGUAGAAGAUUUUGCAAAUGAAGAUUUACCUCUUCGGGACUCCAAUACUUGGAUUCGUUACGCGAAUCUGUUGGUUCUGCUUUCGGUAUCGUCACCUUACGAGAUGCUGUAUUUCCACUAUGACGAGCUUGUAUGUGAACACAUGAAACGGUUGCCUCAGCGUGAGGUGUGGAAGCAGUUCUACCUACCUGUGAGUUUCACACUCGAAAGCGUCGUACAUCCUGUUGCGAAGCGUAAUUUUACGGGUGUUGGUGGCAAGGUUGUUCUUCCACCAGCUAAGCGGUCUCGAUCAGCUACUGGUUCAUCACCGUUAUCUGAUAUGGGAGAUGACGAGCUUCUUGAGAUCAAGAGCACGUUAGCAAGUGCCAUUUACAAAAAUAUCAAUGAGGAUAGCCGUUUGGGCGCACCAAAGAACAUUUCAGCUGAGCGUCUGGCAGAGAUGAAAGAAGUGUAUGCAACUUUCAAGAAGCAGAGUGACAAGGUACAGGCAAUAGCAAGAAAAGAGUUAUAUCACCUGUACAAACUAAUCCGUACAGCUUCAAUGAAGCCACGGGAUCGUGAUUUGGAGAUGCGUGACGUGAUAUCUACGGUCAUAGCGUCGUCCGUGGUGCUUGCUUACAUACGGCAAUGCGUAGUGAAGAAACGCCUUAUUAGCGCUCUAUGCAAUGUGAAGCUGCUUCUUCUGAAAGAGAUAGCUGACAAGCAUACAGUGAAGAGGACGCCCAUUGCUCUAUUUUUACGUGACGUUUGCAUUGCCUGUGCUGAAGGUAAGCUUGCAGCGAGCAGUAGCGCGGUGAAGUUGGACCGCCUGGAAUGCAUCGUGGAGCUUUUGGUGUAUAUCGCAAGGUUCGAACGGCAAUGCGUGCCGAUCGUUUCUAUUUUCAAUUCGAUCAUGCACCAAAUGGACCGCAGCAUCAGCCGUCAUUUUAUUUCAAUGUUGUUGCGUUACUGCGGUGCCCCUUACGGGGAACAGUUCGUUUGCCACGUGCUGAAGCUGGUGGAGAACUAUCUGAACUUAGGUACAACUGGCGAAUCCGGUAUGCUGCACUCUAAGGAAGCCAGCGUCAUCAACAACUACUUGAACCCGUUCCUACACGAGUGCUGCCAAAGUUGGUCUGACAACUCUACGGUGAUGUCUAUGACCAAGCGCUGCGAAUCGCUCUUGAAAGCACAGGGAGUGCCAUACUAA